UCCGUUUCCACAGGUCUCCGCCUGCAGCCUGUGAACUCACACAAAGACAAGCAAACAAGAAGUCUCCGCCCAUGCUUGCUGCUGGCUCAGCUCCAGGGCUCCAUGCUGAGCUUCCACUUCCAGGAUCCUGCCGCCUAGGACUGGCCGGAGUAUCUUCACACCUGGUAUCUUCACUGCCCAGCCCGAAGGAAUUCUGUCAUCUUGCUCCAUGAAUCUUCCGGCCUCCCAGAGAACACGGACCUGAGAGAUCACCCUUUGAGAGGAAGUUCUGAAUUUAACCAAGAUGUCUGUGAAGAUGACAGCAGCCCUGUUCCUGCUCCUGAUGCAGCUGAGCAUCUUCUUUGGAUCUGGGACUGGUGGGAAGGUGCUGGUGUGGCCAGUGGAAUUCAGCCAUUGGCUCAACUUAAAGAUAAUCCUAAGUGAGCUUGUGAAGAAGGGUCAUGAAGUGAUGGUUCUGAGACCUUCAGCAUCCUUAUCUUAUGAGAUUGACAAUACAUCUGCUAUUGAGUUUGAGACAUACCCCACGUCAUAUUCCAUAGCUGAUACAAAGGAACUUUUCAUGGGCUCCAUCACUAAGAGCAUUUACGAGCUGCCAAAGCAGUCAUUUUGGGGAUACUUUUUAAUGUUGCAAAAAAUUUUCUUAACAACUUCAAAAUAUUCUGAGAGUCUCUGCAAAGAUGUAGUUUUUAACGAAGAACUCAUGACAAAGCUCCAGAACUCUAACUUUGAUGUGAUCCUAGCAGAUCCCUUCUUACCCUGUGGUGACCUGCUCGCUGAGAUUCUCAAGAUACCCCUGGUGUACAGUCUCCGCUUCUUUCCUGGCUCCACUUAUGAAAAGUACAGUGGAGGACUCCCGCUGCCUCCUUCCUAUGUGCCUGCUGCUAUGUCAGAAUUGAGCGACAGAAUGACUUUCAUGGAGAGGGUGAGAAAUUUCAUCUAUGUGCUGUGUUUUGACUUUUGGUUCCAAACAUUUAAUGAGAAGAAGUGGAAUCAGCUUUACAGUGAAGUAUUAGGUAAGUGCCCUGUUCACGUGGGAUUGUCGCAUUUUCAAUUUGCUGUCAUUGAAGCUGACCUUGACAAAACAGUUGGAAUGGAUUGUUACCUUGAUUUGAUCAUCCUUUGUGAAAAUGAAAACAAAUUUCAUGAACUUAAGUGUGACAUAGAAGACUUCGUCCAGUCUUCUGGAGAACAUGGUGUUGUGGUGUUUUCCCUGGGGUCCAUGGUGGGUAGCCUAACAGAAGAAAGGGCCAAUGUGAUUGCAGCAGGCCUUGCCCAGAUUCCACAGAAGGUUCUGUGGAGAUUUGAAGGCAAGAAGCCAGAAACUUUGGGCUCCAACACUCGUCUAUACAAAUGGAUCCCCCAGAAUGACCUUCUAGGUCAUCCCAAAACCAGAGCUUUUAUAACUCAUGGUGGCACCAAUGGCAUCUACGAGGCGAUCUACCAUGGAACCCCUGUGGUUGGCAUUCCUUUGUUUGGAGACCAAUUUGAUAACAUUGUUCAUUUGAAGACCAAAGGAGCAGCUGUUAGACUGGACUUUCUCACAAUGUCCAGUACAGACUUGCUCACUGCACUGAAGACAGUCACUAAUGACCCUUCCUACAAGGAGAAUGCCAUGCAGUUAUCAAGAAUCCACCACGAUCAGCCAGUGAAGCCCCUGGACCGAGCAGUCUUCUGGAUUGAGUUUGUCAUGCGUCACAAAGGAGCCAAGCACCUUCGUGUGGCAGCCCAUGACCUCAGCUGGGUCCAGUACCACUCCCUGGAUGUGAUCGGGUUCCUGCUGGCCUGUGUGCUGACUGUGGUGUUCAUCCUCACAAAGUGUUGCCUCUUCUGUUGUCAGAAGUUGACUAAAGCUGGAAGGAAGAAGAAAGGGGACUAGCUGAGCUGGGGAAGACUGACGCAUGGACGUCUCCAGUGCAUCAUAGUAAGAGAGGCAAUGAUGGUAGGGCCCUUCAUCCUGUGACAGGGUAGUUUUUCAAUAAUUAAUUAUAAAACUUAUCAAGUCAGAAGAUAGUUUUUUUCUUCCAGAGAAUUAAUAAUUCUCUUAGAAUUAGCAUUUCAGCCAAAGAUAAAAUUAAAAGGGAGAAAAACUGAAGUUAACACAAUCAACAAGCGUAUACAUAACAAUUUUACAAAUUCAUUUCUGCAACAUAAAAUUUAAACCAAAGAAUGUUAUGGCUGAAGAGUUGGCUCUGUGGUCUAAUCAUUUGUCAGGCAAGACUUCCUCCUUGGUUUUGGAUGUCUGGAACUCAUAUGAAAGCCACAUCCCGUAGCAUAAGGAAACCAAGAGAUGUGAAACAGCCAGGAGAAUUUUCUGAAGCUCUUAGGCCAACCAGCCUGCUUUUCAGCAAGAAAUAUCUUGCCUUAGAAUAGAAAGGAAACACAACACUGGAGGGGGUGGUCUGAUAUCUCAUAUGUAUGCCAUGGCAUAAGUGUGCCCCACUCACAAAUUAAUAAGCACAAACAUGUAAAUAUAUGCAUAUACACAGGAUUUAAAUACACACACACACACCAAUUAUGACCCACAGGUGACUCACAGGUUGCCUGUGGAUAUGCCAUCUGUAAGAGACCUACAAUUAUUUCCGUAUGGUUUUGCAAGUAUUGAUCAAGCUUCAGCUUUAUUUAUUGAAGAUUUUACAGGAUGAAUAUCUAGGUAACAUGCUCAGAAUUGGAGCUAUGUGAAACCUGUAAUCCUACAUUUGCUUUUAGGAGACCAGCACUGUUGCAGAAUCUCAUGUGGUACACUGAGCCUCUGAAUGACCUCUUCCUUAAAGGACCUACUAAGAUUGUACUUAGGGCUGGGGAGAUGGCUCAGCAGUUACUGAGUAGCUCUUCUUCUAGAGAACCCAUAUUCCAUUCCCACCACACAUAUGGUGAUGACUCAGGACCUGCAGUAACUCAAGUGUUACUCAGAGAGCUCACACCUUCAUCUGGCCUUUGUUUGCACUGCACUCAUUUGGUACAGAGACACAUGGACACUUUUAUCUCAGAUAUAAAUUGAGCACAACUAUCACCAUUUUGUAAAUUAUAACGUACAAGAUAGACCUGACAUCUAGUCCAUCAUCUUUGACAAUUCAGUAGAAUACUCUGUUAUCUGUCCUAACUUUAAAAAGGCUUAUAAUUUCAUAUCUGUUAUGUCCUGAUUUAGCUUGUAUACUAUCUGAAAACUAUCUUCUCAAAUAUGUUCUCUCAAUGCUAAACAACCUGGGUUGGCUAUGUGACUGUAAGUAGUCUUUCAACCCCAUCAGAAAUCCAAGAAUGACAUUAUCUGAAAAUAUAGGAAGCCUAACACAGCUUCCAGAACUGAGACAAACUGUAGAGAUAGCCUACCCCUACAGCCCCAGUAUGUCAGGAAGUUGGAGUAUCAGUCUUCAGCCCUUCUGGCAGGAUCAUGACAGACCUUGAAAAACAGGAAUUAUUAAGGGCUAGCCUAUUCUGUCUCAGCAGAAUCAAGCUGUCCUAACCUGUAACAUUUGUCCUCUCAAGGACAGUACAGAUCUGCAGGAGAGAUAGGCAAUUUCUGCCCAGUGGCCAUCUAGCCACAAUGUACCACCUCAUCUGGAGGUGUAUAUGCUCAGCUGCUUCUUAGAAUCCAUGAAUGGGGAGCUGCGGGAGUAGAUAUAUCUCAACAAGUGAAUAACAAUAAAUGUCACAUUCUCUGGGCUUCAGACAUUUUUGAAAACCAACUCUAUGUAAAGUAAUCUGGACUGUUGUCUGUUAACUACCCUCAGCUAUUUCUAAUUAAAAUAUCUGAAAACACCCUAACAAAAAACUUAGUCAUGAAUUUGCUAUUUGGCACUUAAUUCACAGGCUUAAACAUACAGCUAUAUAUGUUUAAGGACUUGGUCCAAGCCUUGCACUGCUAAAAUUUUUGUAUCAAUAGAAGAAAUUUAUACCAAUGAAACUGAUUCUGCAUCAAAAUAAAUUCUGUACUAAAAAUAAGAAA